AAGAUGGAACUAAAUCAAGAUGGCAGCCUCCAUACGAACGAAAAACGACCCUGAAGAUUUUUGUGAAAAAGCCAAUAAAAACACUAUUUGUAAGAUAUGCUACAAAGAAUUGGCGAAGUAUACAUGUCCGAGAUGCAAUGUGAGAUACUGCUCGUCUGAUUGUUACAAAAGCGAGGGACAUGCCGAGUGCUCAGAAUCAUUCUACAAGAAUUGUUUUAUGGAUGGACUCCAGGAUUGCGAGGCAAGUUCUGAUGAGAAACAAAAGAUGAUGGAGAUGCUUCAGCGGGUAGAGAAUCAAGAUAUUCCAGACAUGGAUGAUGAUGACGAGGAGGACGAAGAUGAGAUUCCUCUGGAGGACAGAUUGCAGGGUCUUAAUCUUGACAUGGACACGGAUCAAGUCUGGGAAAAAUUGACGGAAGCAGAGCGGAAGGAAUUCCAGUCGAUGGUUGAGGAUGGUCGCCUUGGAAAUAUGAUGGAAUUAUGGGAGCCCUGGUGGAACAUUAAAGAAACAAACCUUGUCGAGGAAGUAGGAAAGACAAAAUCGAAUCAAAGGCAUCCAGAGAUUUUGAAUAGGCUUCCGGACGUCACAAAGAUUUUGAAGGGUGAACCACCGGACACCUUGCAGUAUGAUGUCGUCAACAUCAUGUACGCAUACGCAUACACAGUCAGGCUUCAUAAUGGCGAUUAUGUUGGCAUGGAACUGCAAGCAGUUGAUACAGUCCUUCGUUUAUGUAAUACCCUUGCUGGGAAGAACUUUACGGAUGCACGAUCUGCCCUCCAUUCUUGUUUUCAAGCCAUUCAGGAGCACAAAUUGAUCCUAGGAAACUCCGCGGAUUUCUCCGUGGCCAUUCUAAAGGAUGUUGAGAAUAUAAUCAUGGGGCCUAACAGUCAGCAACCCCUCGUGUAUGUAUUGGCAGCCCUCUCGGACCUCCAUGGGUUGUUUCGACAGGCAAGGAAACAACUGGUUGAAGAUCUGAAAUCCCUCACACUGAAUGUAAAAGCAACGAAACAGUUACAAGCUGAGAAACAGAAGUACUUCAACUCGAUGAAGAAGUUGGAGUUCCUUGUUGUUUGGACGCAGAAAUAUGGCCAUGGGCUGGCAGAAACUAUUCCAGACAUAGAAAUAGAAUUUUGUAUGAUGUCUACAGAUCUUGCAACCCAGCGAUUAUCACAAGAUGUUGUAGAAACGUCACAAAGGGAGAAAAAGAAGGAAAAACUAAUAGAAGAAUUGCCACUCAAGUCCCCUGCAAGUUCUAGCUCGGGAAAAUCGAGUCAGAUAACUUCAGGGAAACAAGUGACAUUUGCUGAAAAUGUGGGUACCAGUGAUAAUUCAAAAGGAAAGACAAGUAAAGCGAGAGUGACUGACAUUGAAGAACUGGACUAGAGAGUUCACGGAUUUCAUUAGGAAAAACAUUAUGCCUGUCCUGUUCCCUAUAAAGAGCUGAAAGAGAGGACCUUCAUUACCAUAUUGAAUACCAACUAUGAUAUUUUCAUUGAAUACAGGAUUAGACCUUACAUGUAGAUGUUGAAAAUAAAUGAUUUUGGCAAUUUCA